AUGGACGGCCCUAAUGCUACGCCUGGCCCUUCUCGUCCACGACAGCAGGCGGAGCGCAACUCGCUGGGGCUUGAUGGGCACUAUGAGGAAGAGGAUCGGGCUGAGCGCUUGCGGGAGAUGGAGGUAUCGACAUUAGAGGAAGAGCUAUUCGAUACGCCUCGCCGCAAUCAGCUUCAGACAUCACAGACACCGGAUCUUUCAAAGCUCUCUUCUUUUGGACGCGAUCGUCCGCAUAUACCUCGCGUCCGGUCUACUGUCCCCCCUUCGCUCGCUGCCCUGGAUCUGCCAUCUUCGGCGUCGGCCUCGGAUAUAUUUGGAUCGGUCGUACCUCCCCCUUUAACGCGGCACACUACCUACUCUUCGCUUCCUCCAUCCCCCAGAUUGGCAGAUGAGGGCAGCGAGCUGUAUGCGCGACUCGGCAAGCGGGGAUUGGGGAUCAGCGAGUUGGAGAGCAAGCUGGGACAGCUGAUGGAUGAUGGGGUUGACGUGGAUGAGGUGUUUUGGCCGGCAAGAAGUCGCCGGGGGACGAUGGAGCAGACGGAAAGGCCAGUAUUGGAGGCUAGGGAGGAGACUGUGGCAGAGCCAAGCUUAUGGGAUCUGCUGAAGGACGAGGCUGGGGCGGAAGGAUGGGAGGGAUGGGCGGUGGACGGCAAGUGGGAGAGGAUACAGAACUUUCUGGCUGUACCAUUGGCUGUAGAACGGGUAACGCUGUAUGGCGCUCUACUAUGCCUCGACGGGUUCCUCUACAACUUUACCAUCCUGCCUAUCCGAGCUCUCUUUGCGCUUGUGCGCAUCACGAGGUGUCUCAUGCGGGGAUCCUCCAUCUUUCCAAUCUCGCCUGCGCACCUUCAUUCGCUCCUGCGGAUGCUGCUCAUCCUGGUCCCCACGGUCAUCCUGCUAUUCGCUACGGAUGCCAGCAAGAUGUAUCACACUGUCCGCGGACAAGACACUAUCAAGCUCUAUGUCAUUUUUAACGCUCUCGAGAUCGCCGAUCGACUAUGUUGCGCGUUUGGACAAGACGUACUGGAUACGCUCUUUGCGCGAGACACCCUGGCGCCAGGGGUGGGCUCUAGGCGGCGAAAGGCGAGGCCAUUCUUCUUCUUUGCCUUGUCACUAGGCUAUGUCAUGGCGCACACCCUUAUAUACUUUUACAUGCUGGUCUCGCUCAACGUCGCCAUCAACUCUUACGACUACACGCUGUUAUCACUGUUGAUCAGUAACCAGUUUGUCGAGAUCAAGGGAUCCGUAUUCAAGAAGUUUGACAAGGAGAAUCUCUUCCAGAUUCUCUGCGCCGAUAUCGUCGAGCGAUUCCAGCUCAGUUUGAUGCUUACCGUCAUCUCGCUUCGGAAUAUCCUGGAGAUGUCGGGUUCAGAGAUUGCACUUCUACCAAAGAGCUUCAUCAGGGGGAAAGGGCUGUUGGACUCGAUACUUUCACCCGUCUUUUUUGUGGUUGUGUCUGAAAUGGCGGUCGACUGGCUCAAGCACGCCUUUAUCACCAAGUUCAACCACAUUCGAGCGUCCGUAUAUGGCCGUUUUGCCGAUGUGCUCGCCAAGGACGUCCUGGCUGCGGGAAACCUCGGCGAAAAGCGCAAGGGUCGCAACCAUCCUCUUCUGCUGGACCAAUCUCCUUUGGUAGCACGUCGACUCGGUUUCGCCUCGAUACCGCUUGCCUGUUUGGUCAUUCGCGUGGGCGUACAGGCGCUCGGCAUGCUGACGGCCUCGUCAUAUCACUCGGACGAAGCGGCCAACGUCACCAUCGCGAGGUUGGCCUGGCGGGCGGUCAAGUGGUUGGCGGGAUUAGGUGUUGGUCUGAGCGCUUGGGGAUGUCUGGUCGCUUUGAAGGUGCUGCUCGGUUUGCUGCUGCUCAGCUACUCGGCAACGCGUCAGGCUGGAAUGGAGCAGAGAGAGGCUGAAGAUGUGGUCAACGAUAUGGGCCGGUCAGCGGUCGGAGAGUCCAAGGAAGAGAGGGACUACCGAAAGCACACGAGCGAGUACCUGUCUCGAGCAGGGGAUGAGCUUCCAGACUAUCCAGCUCCCUCAGCCUUCUUCUCCGGCACGUCAAGGCCUCCUGCCGAAGCCAAAGCGGAUGGUCGGAAAAGGUGGAAACUCGAGGAUGUUGAGAGAUGGACAAUGGUGAAGCGGAUCUGGUGA